AUAAUUAUUCACAAAAGCUGGGAAUGGAGAAAUAACUAUGCAGAGCACCGACACUAUCAAAAUGUUCAGUAGUUUAACCAUCAUUCGUUGUUCGUGAUGUUCACAUCCAUUGUCUUUAAGAUUUUAACGCUGAGCUUGGCUUUUGGUUUGGCUGUGGCUCAAGCACCAAAUGGAAAUUUCCGUCGAAAGCCAGGUCGGACAAGUAACCGUGCCACGACAACGGAAAAGCCACAAUCCAUCGAUGACGGCGAAUCCUCCGACUGUCCUGAACCAUAUGGAUAUUUUGCGGAUGCCGAACAGUGUGAUAAAUAUUAUGCCUGCGAUGAUGGUGCCAUAACCGAAAAACUAUGCCCGGAUGGUAUGGUAUUCAAUGACUACAGUAUUGACCAGGAAAAAUGUGAUUUGCCAUUCAAUAUUGAUUGUAGCAAACGGUCCAAAUUACAAACACCGAUUCCAUCAUUACAUUGCGUCCGGCAAAACGGAUACUUUGGCCAUGAAGAUAGUAAUGUUUGCGAUAAAUUCUAUUAUUGCGUUGAUGGUAUGUUCAAUAUGAUCACCUGCCCGGCCGGCUUAGUAUUUAAUCCGAAAACUGGCAUCUGUACAUGGCCGGAUGAAGCUCACAAAAAAGGAUGUUCAAGUGAAGAUAUCUUCCAAUUCACUUGCCCGAAAGUAAACGAAACUGUUGCCGCAACGCAUCCCAGAUUCGCGGAUCCAGAUGAUUGUCAAUUCUUUUAUGUUUGCAUAAAUGGUGAAAUACCUCGCAGAAAUGGCUGUAAAUUGGGACAGGCCUUUGAUGAUACCACGAAACGAUGUGAAUGGGCUAGAAAGAUUCCAGAAUGUGCUGACUGGUACAAGGAUAGAUUAACCGAUGCUCAACUUGAUGAGCUCGAAAAUCCAAAACCACCGCCAACGGGUCGUGUUAAGGGAGUGCAAAGACGGAAAUCAUCGCGAAAGCCUGCUCGUGUGGAAGUAGAAGAUGAUGAAUAAAUGGUUUCGGUUGGAUGAAUUUAAUCUCGCAAUAAUUAAACAAAACUUUUUAAAUUAA